AUGGAAUAAUUUAAUGGAAAACCUUCGGAUAACAUUUUAAUCACAUAACCAUUAACCAAACAAAAGUAUCCAGCACUAUUUCAUGAUGAGAGGUUUGGAAAAGACUUUGAGUCGAAUUACUCAAAGCUUUAGGAAAUUAUGGAUAACUUGUAAGGGAAAGUUGAAUAAAUUGUCAAGAGCUAAGAAGAUGAUUUCAUGAAAGCAUAUAAAGAUCAAAUGAAUGAAUUGCAAGUUGAUUUGAAGGCAAUGAAAAGAAAAAUUGAUGAAGAGUCAUUAAAAUAAAAAGCUGAUGAGAAAAAACGAAUUUUAGAAGAAGAAAGAGAUUACUUUAGAUAAGAAGCCCUCAGAUUAGAUAAUUUGAACAAAGAAUAGCUGAGAACAAUUGAAGAAUUAAAGUUCAAGUUAAAAAUCACAAUCGAAGAAAAAAAUUAUUAUGAAGGCUUUGUAAUAGAUUCAAAGAAAGAGAACAAAGCAUUGAAAUUCGAACUCUUAUAAUUAUAUAAAUAGAAAAUGGAAGAUUAAAAAGCCUUAAAUAGAAUACAAUAACAAUAAUAAACACAGUAAAUUACCAAAUUAAAUUCUAAAAAACAAUCUGAUAAUAGACCAUUAACUUAAGAAGGAAUCAGAUCAGAAGCCAAUUUAUUCAUUAAGGAUGAUUUUAAUUCUGAAUUUCUAAAAAGAGAACAAUCUUCAAAAGGAGGAUUCAGAUCAUAACUAUCUACUAAAAACAAUGAUUAAGCAUCAACAUAAUUUGACUUUUUUAGAAGAGAAAUCUCUACCCAAUAAUAAAGCAGAUUCCAUCCAGAAAAUUAAAUGUUAGAAGAAAGAAAUAAUUAAAUUGCAGAAUUAAAGUAAUUGUUACAAAAAGAAAAGUUCUUAUGUUAGCAAUUAAAGUGUGAGUUGUAAAAACAGAAUUCUUAAAGAGGAGAACUUGAAGUUGUGUUACUGGAUUGUGUGAAUUAACUUAAGAAAGAUAUUGCAUCUAGGUAGACAGUUUAAAAAUAACCAUUUUUGGGUAACAGUAAUAAAACCCCCAAAGUUGCUGAGUAGAUUGCCUUUGAAGACAUUGACUAUCGAUAAUUUACUCAUUAAGAUAAAAAAGCACUUCUCAAGAAAUUCUUAAGCUCCGAAUAAUUUUUAGAUUAAAUAUAUUAACUUACCUUCAAUAGUCAAAUGGCUAGCACAUCUUAAUUAAAGCUUAAUGAGAAGUGGAAACAAGAUGCAAAUGAUGCUACCAAGAAAUUCAAUAAUUUUAAAAUAUAUAAAUUUAGAAACAUCACGAGCUAACCUAUUGUAAAAUAAGUGAUAUCGAAAUAAGAAUAAAACAUUUUGUCAGAAUUAUAGGAAAAAGUCGAUUAAGGAUAAGAACUAGUGGAUCAAAUUGUAUAAAAUUGA